UGCUGCGUAACCGCGCCAUCAUCUGUGCCAAGAUGGCGGCAAAGGAAAAUCUCGGUGAAAUCGCCGAAAUUGUGGAAAUUAUUCUCCGUUUUCUCCCAGGAAGAUGCAUAGCAAUAGCAGCACAAGUCUGUCAUCUCUGGCGUGACACAGUGGAGAGGAUUCGAAGAUCAAGAAGGAAAUGCGCCGUCUAUUUAUCUCCAAGAGACUCAAACUUCUCUGAAUGUUCGAGGGACGUACUUGACUUCAUAAGGCAACAAAACAUUGAACCAAGAGCUUUACUACUAUUUUCAGGAUCACUUCCUUCAUCCAGUACAUCAUUUAUCAAGAAUUUUCUGCGAUCAGUGCGAAACUGUGUCCCAGUGAACUGUCCGUUGAUUGGCUGCACAGGUCUCGGGGUGAUUGGUUCAGACCAAACGAACUCGGGCCAACCGCAAGAAAUGGAAAACUCGUCGGGAUUGUCACUUAUGAUGUUUCCUCGCUGUGAUGGACUUGAAAUCCGUGAUUUCUAUAUACCCCUCCGCAACAAGUACAAGAAUAUUAGUGGUAUUAAAUCGUUUCUUCCUAGUAUGGCUCUCCCUGUGAAACUGGUGAUAGUGUUAGCUCAUCCCCUGUCACUUGGAAAACUGACCAAUUUGACCUUGGCUUUAAGGUCAAAUUACGGCGAUGAUGUGGUUAUUGUAGGUGGUUACAGUGACAGUUAUUUGUUCUACAACACAGAAGUUACUACUCGUGAGAUCAUUGGUCUUGUGCUGGCUGGGAAUUUGCAGUGCUCGUCUUCAGUCAUUACAGGUGGCAUGUUAGUAGAGUCUUUGGAGAAUCUCCAUGACGCCAUUAAAAGACUUGACAACUCCGACGUACCAAAAGAAAACAGCUUUAGCUUGAUGUUUUCGUGUUUUUCAAGGGGAAGUAUGACUUAUGGAUAUGAAAAUGCCCAAUGCUUGUCAUUAAGUGAAGUUUUUCCUAGGACACCUGUUGUAGGAUUUUUCGGGACAGCCGCGUUUGGAUGUGACAGAGAAAAGUUGAAGACUAGAGGCUUAAGGCCAGGUGGUCGGGAUUUUUUACACCUUGACGCAACUGUGCUCUGUUUGACUUCAUUAGCGCCUAUGAAGUAGAUGACAACUGCUGUAACUCAAAACAAUGACAGCACUAAAUGAGCAUUCUUUCAGAUCUUCUGUCCUUUUUGGUUUAUCUAGCGCAAGCGUGAAAAAAGUGGGCCUUAUCAGAGAGGGAAGAAACAGGGAUUACGCUUCCGACACGGCAUUUCAAGUUGUGUCGGACACGAACGCGCAUUUUGCCUUUUCAUUUGGAAAGGAAAAUAGCUGUUAAUUAAAAGUUGCAAGAUCAGUAUAAAACUUGUCUCUUGUUAUUGUCCAUUGCCGGUACCUCGAUUGUUUUUGUCCUCGUUAUUCUGUUUUGUGUUGUAACCGCACAGCGGGUGGAGACGGCAACAGAAAGCGAAUAAAUAGGGCCGGAGAGAAAGAGGAAAAGGUCUACAGAAUUCGAAUUUUUACAAGGUGAAGUCUGUAUACGAGUUAAGUGGCCCAUCAGACCAGUGCUUAUCCCGGUUUCUCCAGCAUGAAGCAACUAGGAGUAUUUCUACUCCCCACGUGGAUGGGAUGCUAGUCCAUCGCUUGGGUACCCUAUAGCAUCAAGUUCGCCGGUACCCAUUUAUACACCUGGGUGGAGAGAGGCACUGUGAGAGGAGAGGUUAUUCCUCCUGUAGGCUAGAUUUAGAAUAACCUUUAUAGUGUGAGA